UCACUCCCUAUCCCCUUCCCCCCUUCCGAGCACGGCGUCGAACACCCUGCGCGCGCGCAGCCGAGGCAGCUGACCCAGAGCAAACCACCCGCCGCCCCCAUGGCGUUCGCGCUCAAGGCCGCCGCAUCCACCGUAGCCGCGGGGUCGGCAUCGUUCUCCGCGGCGGGGCCGAGGCGGGCCGCGGCGGCGGGGAGGGUUUCCUUCCGGGGCGUCGCGCCCGUGGUCUCCGUCAGGGCGGCGGUGGCGACGGCAGGCGUGGCCGUGGCCGAGGACAAGCGAAGCAUCUCGGGCACCUUCGCCGAUCUCAAGGAGCAGGGAAAGACUGCGUUCGUCCCAUUCAUCACUGCUGGUGACCCUGACUUGGCCACCACUGCAAAAGCAUUGAAGAUCCUUGAUGCGUGUGGUUCAGAUGUGAUUGAAUUGGGCGUGCCUUACUCUGAUCCACUGGCUGAUGGGCCUGUUAUUCAGGCCGCUGCCACACGUGCGCUAGCAAAAGGCACCACAUUUGAGGAUGUUAUUUCUAUGGUAAAGGAGGUGAUACCUGAGCUGUCCUGCCCUGUAGCGCUUUUCACAUAUUAUAACCCGAUUUUGAAGCGCGGUAUCCCAAAGUUCAUGACUAUUGUAAAAGAAGCUGGUAUACACGGUCUUGUGGUACCUGAUGUCCCUCUGGAGGAGACAGAUAUUUUGAGGAGUGAAGCUGCCAAGAACAACCUAGAGCUGGUGCUACUGACAACACCAACUACACCAAAAGAAAGAAUGGAAAAAAUUACGAAGGCUUCAGAAGGAUUCAUUUAUCUCGUAAGCACUGUUGGAGUUACUGGCACACGUGUGAAUGUAAGCGCCAAGGUGCAAUCUCUUCUUCAGGAUAUCAAGCAGGUCACAGAAAAAGCUGUGGCAGUUGGAUUUGGUGUGUCGACUCCAGAGCAGGUGAAACAGAUCGCAGGAUGGGGUGCAGAUGGUGUGAUCAUCGGGAGUGCAAUGGUCAGGCAAUUGGGGGAAGCUGCUUCUCCUGAAGAAGGAUUGAAGAAGCUGGAGGAGUUAGCCAAGAGCCUGAAGGCUGCAUUGCCAUGAAACAAACAUUUUCACAUGGAGAAAACAUGAAGAUGAAUUUUUUGUAGUAUGCUUUAAGUGUAGCAUUGGAAACCUGACUUUUCCGUAUUUAGGUUUCAGGUGUUGCUGUUGUGUGGUGAAAUAAUUAUAACCUUUGUGUUGAAUGCUCAAAUGAAUAAAUCAAGGUUAGAAUAUAAA